AUGCCAGUAGCCAUACGAAAAAGAAGUUGGGAGGAGCACGUGACUCACCCAUCAGGAUUACAGUACAGCUAUGAUGAUCUUGAUCUGGUUUGCUGUCAUGGGGUUGACAGCGAGGGACAUUGGUUGGGUUCAGGGGCUUCCAAACAAGGUAGACGGACAAGGUGUGCUUCCAUGCCAGAGGGCUGCCACCAACUGUCUACAGAUGACCCAGCCCAGACACAGGAUGUGAACAAUUUGGUUGUGCAGGAUGAUGCUCAGACAGAACAGUUGAAGCUAAUGGAAAGCAAUGAAAAAUUUCCACAUGAUUUGCAGGAAGAGACAGAUCAUGACUCUCAUGAGUUUGUGGAUGUUGACAUUCCCCCAAGUAGCUCUGAAUCAGAGCAUCCCCAAACCGCAAGCAGUGGGAAUUCUGAAGAGUUUCACUGUAACUCAGACAGUGGGAUGUCUAGUGCAAAUAUUUUUUGUGCAACUGAUAGCAGCAGUCAUAGAGAGAAAACUAUCAGUGGUGAAGGUGAGGUUGGCACAGAGAGUAGCCAGAAUCACGACAUCUGCGAUGACGAUAAUGUCUUUAAAAAUCCACAUAUCUCUGAUGAAGAGCAACAAUGCAUCUCUAUCUUUUCAAACAAUGGGCCUCCACUGUCUGAAUCUGCUGUAGAACAGCCUGGCAAACUUCCAAAUCGUCAGGAAACAAAGGAGAGCCAGACAGAGGGUUACAGCAGACCUCCUGAAAUCUCUGAGGCUGCACAAAAGCAGUCCUCUGCUGCAGAACUUGAACCUCAAACUGACCUCCCAGAUGUUGAGGAAGAGAAGAUUUUCACCUCUGGUCAUGCUGGUGCAAGUGUAACCGUACCUGUCGUGCUAAACAGUUCAGUUAAUAUGAUGGAGGGUGGUGAGGUGAUGUCACAGGCCAACAAAACUGAGGAACCAGUUGUGACUGUAGUGGUAGACGGAGACUGUGACAGCGGAAUAACUGAAAGCUGGAGCUCGGAUUCUGCUGACAAGCUGGAUGGAUUAAAUGACCUAGAAAGUCUAAAUGAAAAUACAGGACUUAAACAUCCCUCAAGAGACAUUCAAGGGGGAGAGCAGGAUCACCAUGACUGCGCUGGAGUAUUGGAUCAGGAUUAUGGUUGUGAAAUAUCCUACCAGACAUUGUUGGAACAGCAUGAUGUUGAAAUGACAGCAACGAACGGGCCUCAGGGAGAGGAAAGUACACAAGCAGAACUCAGCGAGAAACCAGCAGAAGUCAGGUAUGGGCCAACUGUAUCAUCUGAUAUUUGUGUAAAAGGUUGCAGCAAGGUGUCUGAACAACUAGAUAUUGAAGGAGACUCCACACAGACAAACACUAUUCAGUGUGCAGACCCGUGUUUGGAAACAAUAACUUCUGUAAGUCAACCAACUGAAAUCAUUGAUGAAAUCUCAGUGUCCAAGGACUUAGCUGUUUAUGAAGACCAAACUGUAUCUCAUCAGUUGGAAAAUAGCUGCUUAAAACUGGACACUAUCCCAGAGGUUAACCACGCUGAGGCCGAUGACACCCCUGCACUGGCUCCUCAAAAGAACAUUGCCUCAGCAGUCACCCAAAAUCCAGCUGUUCAUUCCCAUAUGGAUGAUAAACACACAGCCACUGAACAGCAUGCCGAAAACCUGCUGCCAUGUUCUGCAGAGGUCAAUGACGAGCUCUCACCAGAGGGACUCCAUAGCAACCAAGCCUCUGGUCGUUACUUCAGUGAGUCACCUGCCUCUGAGGUGGCAGAUGGUCAGAGUGAACACCACAGGCCAGGAGCCACAGUCUCCAGAAUGGAGGAGACAGAUGAGCCCACACAGACAGUUAUUUACAGUGACACACACUCCGCCAGUCCUGUUUUAGAUGGGAAGAGUGAGCCUGGAGAUAAGAAAGAGGACGACGUGGUGCAAGUGCGUAUGAGAAAGCGUGAGCAUGCUCGUCUGGACUCAAUGGUUCUGCUGCUGAUGAAGUUGGACCAGUUGGACCAGGAAAUAGAGAAUGCCCUCAGUGUCACGUCUUCUAUGGACAGCAUCCCCACCCUCCAUCGACGCCAACUCCUGGAGUUUGAUUUAGGAUCUGUCCCAGCAGCAUCACAAAACCCUCAACAUCCACAUGUUCCUGCCUCCUCCACCUCAGGACCUACACCAAGCCUUGGAGCAAAACCCAAGAGUGGGACCACGUCCUCCAUUCCUGAGAAAGAAAAAGCUGAGAUUGAAGCCAAAGAGGCCUGUACGUGGCUCCGGGCUGCAGGGUUCCCACAGUACGCCCAGCUUUAUGAAGAUGCACAGUUUCCUAUUGAUAUCUCUUCAGUCACCAGAGACCAUGACUUCCUCGAUCGGGAUGCUAUUGAGGCUCUCUGCAGGAGACUGAACACCCUCAACAAGUGCGCUCUAAUGAGACUUGAGAUAUCACCGCAAAGAAAACGAAGCGAGGACUCAGAUGAGGACGAGCCUUGUGCCAUCAGUGGCCGUUGGACCUUCCAGAGGGACAGCAAACGCUGGUCCCGUAUGGAGGAGCUGGAGGUUUUCUCCACACUGCACACAGAUGACACCCAACCUCCGUUCCCCAAGGACCAAGCAUCCCAGAAAAGCAAGCUUGCCCUCCGUGAAGGAAACAGUUCAGAGAGUGUGCUGACUGAUCUCAGCGAACAGCCUGAAGUCAGCUCCAUCCAUAGCAGCGGGAGUGGAGGAAGAGGAGAGGAGAAAAACCACGGUGCUAACCUUCAUUUACCAAAUGAAGCUGCACCCGUUGGUGCCACCCGUGCCAGCUCUGUAGCUAGCAUGUGUUCGUCCUCAGGCACAGGCGGGUCCGGAUGCGCUAAUGAGGACUCUCUGUCUGAUGGGUUGCCUCCGUCACCUCUGGAGACACUCGGACAGUUCACCUUUGAUGUGAAAACAGGCAUGGGAGGACUAGGAGGAAGUCUUGACCAUGGUGGCGGCAAAAGCACACGCUCACGAGCUAAGAGCUUCCUCAAGAGGAUGGAGAGUCUACGGCUCCGCAGUGGCACCUCCUCCAAGAGAAAGAAGAAGGGGAGCACCAGUGGAGGGAAGAUAGAAAUCAGUGGCCCUGUCAUCAAAGAGGGUCUGGAUGAUGACAAGUUGCGAAGGCUCAACUGUGUGGACAUCUCCAGUAUCAACCUCAACCAGAACCUCAAUCACCAUCGCAAUCCCACUCAGACUAUGACACUUAACCGGAAUCGUUCCGUAUCCUACUCCACUCAGACCAGUAACGGCAGCACAGGAAGUACUGGGAGCAGCCAGUCUGAAGCUAGCAGUGGAAGUGCAGUGAGCACACCAAGCCCAGUGACUCGUGCUCGCAGCCACAGCACAGCUGCAGGCUCUAGUAAGAGAGGAGGAAUGUAUUUAGAGGGUUUUGAUCCUUUCAGUGUUCCCCAGCAAGCUUUAGAUCGACAGCCAACACCCCUACCUAAAUCUGCCCCGCCCAUCCCGUGCCAAGCCAGUAAUGGGAUGACAAUUAAUGAGCAGAACCGCAGGAACAACUGCAGUGUUCGAGACAAUGGCCGACAAGUGGAGGAGGAAGAAGAGGAAGAAGAGGAGGGCAUGAUCUUCUUUUAUUUACCAGAAGGUCACAAGCCCGGAACUUUCCCCAAAGCCCUGAAGGACGGGAGUUCACGCAACAACAAUGUAAAUGAUAAUGGCAACUCUGUGAUCCUUAGAGGGCGGCAGAGUAGACGUCACUGUCGUGGCUCUUCAGGCUCUGUGGACAGCCGACUCAGUUUUUAUGACAACGUCCCCUACACUGAGAGAGAAGAGGACGUGGAGGAGGAAGAAGGAGAUGAGCGCAAACUGGAGGAAGUGCUACAGCACGUCAGUGGUCUGCAGCAUUUUGUUAACGCCUGGUCAGAGGCUGUGGCUGGUGAAGAGGAGGAGGAGGAGGAGGAUGAAGAGGAGGAGGGAGACUCAGAUUCGGCAUUGGACUCAGCCUCACCAUGCCCGUCAUCUCCUCUGCAGAACCGAUUGGAGGAGACAGAGAAUGGAAGUGACCAAGACAGCACAGGAAACCCGCUGGGCGACGGAGAGGAGGGGAUGAGAGAGAGAAGAGAUUCUGGUGUCGGAGCAUCUUUAACAAGAACCAGCAGGCCACAGAAACUCCGCUGGCCGAGCUUCCAGAACUCCCAUCGGCCCAGUUUGGCCUCCGCCCAGCUCCAAAUUAGCUGCCAGUCUGUGCUACAGAUGAAUCUCCUCCAGAAGCUCUCUCUGCUGCAGCUGACUGCUCUGCUGGAGAGGCACACCCCUACAAACAAACAUGGCUUCAGCUGGGCUGUGCCAAAGUUUAUGAAGCGGAUCAAGGUACGCGACUACAAAGACAGGAAUGUGUUCGGUGUGCCACUGCAAGUCAUCGUCCAGCGGACAGGCCAACCCCUCCCUCAGGGUAUUCAGCAAGCCAUGCGCUACUUACGCAACCAAUGUCUUGACCAGGUGGGUCUUUUUAGGAAAUCAGGAGUUAAAUCUCGUAUCCAAGCUCUGCGUCAGAUGAACGAGGCUAGCGGUGCAGAUGGUGGAGGACUCAAUUACGAGGGCCAAUCAGCCUAUGAUGUUGCAGACAUGCUGAAGCAGUACUUCAGAGAUUUGCCAGAACCCCUGCUUACUAGCAAGCUGUCUGAGACCUUCCUCCAGAUCUAUCAGUACAUGCCUAAAGAGCUCCGUCUUCAGGCAGCGCGUGCUGCCGUGCUGCUGCUGCCCGAUGAGAACCGAGAGGCACUGCGAACGCUUCUGUGUCUGCUGAGCGACGUGACCGCCAGCGUGGCUGAGAACCAGAUGACCCCCACCAACCUGGCUGUCUGUUUGGCCCCAUCCCUCUUCCACCUCAACACCCUACGUCGCAAGGAGAGCUCCUCACCAAGGGUGAUGAACAGGAAGCAGACACUGGGAAAGCCAGACCAGAGAGACCUGAAUGAGAACCUGGCUGCCACUCAUGGCCUGGCACACAUGAUCCAGGAGUGCAGGAAACUCUUUCGGAUCCCAGAGGAAAUGAAUCGCUGCAGGAACUCGUAUGUGGAGCAGGCUCUGCUGCCGCAACGCUUGGAGGAGCUCGUGGGUGAAGAGGCCAGCCAAGGAGGCUACAGGGCCUACUUACAGGAAAGCCUGGACGCCCUCCUCAAAGACGCUAAGGACAAGUUCAAAGGUUAUGACAGCUGCUCCACUCCCGAGCACGCUGAGCUGGCCUACAGGAAGGUGCAUGAUGGUUUUCCACUACGGCUGUGGAAAGUGACUGUGGAGGUGCCAGCAAGUCCUGAGGAGGUCCUGACACGGCUGCUGCGGGAGCAGGGCCACUGGGACGAGGACCUGCUUGAAUGUCGGGUAGUGGAGACCCUGGACGAGAGGACGGAGGUCUACCAGUAUGUUAGGAACACCAUGGCUCCACAUCCCACGCGAGAUCACUUGGUGCUCAGAACAUGGCUAACAGAUCUGCCAAAGGGAGCGUGUGCAUUUGUGUGCACAUCUGUGGACCAUGAAGGGGCACCAGUGGUGGGCAUUCGGGCUAAUGUCCUCACUUCACGCUACUUUAUUGAGCCCUGCGGAGCCAACAAAUCCCGACUCACACACAUUUCCAGGGUUGACUGCAGGGGUCGUUUCCCAGAGUGGUACAAUAAACUGUAUGGACACUUGUGUGCUGCCGAGGUGGCGCGGAUACGUGACUCAUUCACUGCACCCAUGGACAAAUGAGAAAGCAGCGUGCAAUUUGGGCAACAACAGUCUCAACAACUUCGUCAGACUGUUUUUGGAUCCAACUGUGGAUUUGAAAUGACUCAUUCCACCCAUUCCAACAAAGAGCUAGACCGAGUCCAAGCCACUUUAUACACACAUUUAAAGGACAAACCCUGGAUCCUGGAUUGAAGGACUUAUUUUGCUCUGAUUAUAUCACAACAGACUGAUGUUAUCCUUUGAAACUGUUAUUUGGAGGCUCUUCGUGUACUGCCAUAUCACACAAACAUUUUUCUGGGCCAAAGAACAUGACGUCGCUGAUACAGGAUGUGAGGUUAAACUUUAGCCAAGGGGUGCUAUUGCUUCUGAGAAGCGAGGGGAUUCAAAGUGUGAGUGUGUGUAUGUGUGUGUGUGUGUGUGUGUGUGUGUGUGUGUGUCUCUGUGUGUGCAUGAGUGUUCAGUACAACAAAAGCUUAAUAGAUACAUAUUCCUUGCACUGGUUUCCAGUUGCAGCAUAAUGUGUACAUACAGUAUUCUGUUCACACUAAUGGUCGGUGGUUUCUGUUACAGCAAAGCACAGACUAGUAGACAAUAUUAUGGUCAUUUGAUUGAUGAAUUCAUGAGUGAGGAAAGAUGUGAAUGUGCCGGUAAUAUGCAGACUGAGUAGAGACAAUAGAUAGGAUAUUGUGAGAUGCAAGGUGGCUGGUAGCAAAGAGGGUUUUAGGGUUUCAGUAGAGGAGGGCAGAGACAGAUGAGAGUCGGUGGCUGGCUCACCAAAAAGAAAAGAACAAUCCAAAAUGGGCCUUGUUUACGAACAUGUAAAUAGAUCAUUCCUUCAAAAAGAAUUCAAAUUUAGUUAAUGUGCCAUUCGAUUGAUACAGAGAUAGGAAGAUACAUGGGCAAAAUUAGUGUAGUAUAGUGCAAAAAAAGAUUUAUUCAGUGACUUUUAAGACCAGACUUUUUAUGACACUGUUUGUGAGCAUGGCCCAGUGUUGGAGACAGGAAACAUUACAUAUUCUACAGGAGACCAACAGAUAUAAUGGACCAAAUAUGUAAAAAGCUGAAAGAAAAGCCCAUCUUAAGCUUUUCCUCACUAUAAAAAAAAAAGAAAAGUUAAACGUGUUUUUAAGAGCACAGUCUAUUCCCAUUUCUUUGAGAUUGUUGUAAGCUGACUUCACUUGUAUACAUUUGUGGAAACAAGAACAAUAUUGAUUUCACAGUUGUUUUGAUGUACAUGAAAACAGAAAAAAACUCUUCUAACCCUGCAACAUAAACCUCUGGCUGUUCCUAUAAGAGAAAAUAUGACAAGUAAAGAGAGAAAAAACAAAAGGUCCUUUUAUAAAGGUGGGGAUUUUACAGGUUUUACUGUAAAGAAGAGGGCAGAUUGAAUGUUUGUGUGAUUUCAAAAGGAAGGAAAAAUAUCUUUGUGUAAGUUUCUCUCUGUGUACUGUUUUGUCAGUGUUUAAAAGAAGCAAGAGAUUUGGGUCCUCCUAACAAAGUUGACCUUCUUCGUCAUACAUAACACUCUUCACGCUUCAAUCUGAGGGCUCGCAUUUGUCAUGUUGAGUUGUAUGAUUAAUUAAGUCAUUGUUCAUAUCACAAGUGCUCAUACCUUAACUGUGUCUCUGCCAAAUAAUAACCCAUGACAAUGACAGUUAAUUUAAAACAAAUAUAUUUAUACCUCAGAUAUAUGUUUGUUUUGUAUUAUACCAUUUUAUUUUAUUUUAUUGUAAAUGUUAAGCUUUGUGCUACAGAACUGAACAAAUGUUUUAUCUUUUUUAUUAAUAUUAUUUCUGUACAGGUUAAUCAAAGUGCACUAUUAAAUGUAUUAAAAUA